GUAAAAUUCGUUAUAUCUGUGUAGAUAGAACAGAGAGGCUAUCAACUGUGACUUUUUGUGUCUUGUAAACUCCCCAGGUCUCUCCACAGUGGAAGACGGUGAUUAGUGUUGAGGAUUGUACAAAUGACCGGCUUUCUGAGAUCCAAACAGCUUAGUGUUUUGCUGGAGAAUUUCUUUUAGCUGGGAAUGAAGAAAUCGCCUCGGUCUUCACAACGCGAUGUUUCGAGCUCAAACUCUCAGCAAGAUCAUGUUGUUAGUAAAUCUAUGGUGCAAGACCAGGAAAAGAGGUCUCGUUUAUACCAAUUUAUAAGGAGAAUUACCAUUAGUUGCACAGCUUUUGGGUCCAAAUCAGAAAGGGAAGCCCCUGAACCUGACGAAUCUUUUGGAAACAAGAACUCAAAUCAGAUCCAUAGUAACUCCUCUGGGCUUUCCUCAGGAAGCAGAAAUAAAGGUUCAUCAAGGCAACCAAAUUCUUUUAGUUCGGUGGCAGAAUCAGCAAGUGGAGAGGUGUAUGGGUCGUUGAAUUUUACCCUUCAGGAUAUCAGGAAAGCUACUAAGAAUUUCUCUCAGAAUAAUGUAAUAGGAGAUGGCGGUUUCGGGACAGUAUACAAAGGCCAGCUGAAGGAUGGAACUGUUGUUGCAAUAAAACGUGCGAAAAAGGACUUGUAUGAUAAGCGCAGUGCACAAGAAUUCAAGAGCGAAGUCCUGGCCUAUUCGAAGAUUGAACAUCUAAAUUUGGUGAAAUUCUAUGGAUAUCUGGAGCACCCAGAAGAAAAAAUUAUCGUUGUUGAAUAUGUUGACAAUGGAACUCUCUUCGACCUUUUACAUGGUAAUCGGGGAUUAGUGCUUGAGCUUGCUGAACGACUGGAUAUUGCUAUCGACAUAGCUCAUGCAAUCACUUACUUACACAGCUAUAAUGAUCCUCCAAUUAUCCACAGAGACAUAAAAGCAUCAAACAUCCUCAUAACAGAGAAAUUACGAGCAAAAGUAGCAGAUUUUGGGCUUGCUCGAUUUGUCCCAGAUGGUGCAGAUGUGACCCACAUCUCUACUCAGAUCAAAGGGACAGCUGGGUACUUGGAUCCUGAAUAUAUGAAGUCUUACCAGUUGACUGAAAAAAGUGAUGUCUACUCUUUUGGUAUAGUGCUUGUGGAGCUUGUAACAGGGAGACAUCCAAUUGAGCCUUUUAAAGGGAUUAAAGAGAGAAUAACCACAAGAUGGGCAAUGAACAAGCUAAGAGAUGGUAUGCCAGUUCUGGCAAUGGAUCCUAGACUGAACAGAAGUCCAACGUCUAUAAAGGUAAUUCAGAAAGUUCUAGAACUCGCCAAACAAUGUACUGGGCCUGUGAGGCAGUCUAGACCGGCAAUGAAAAACUGUGUUGAUGCGUUAUGGGCUAUUAGAAAGGAAUUCAAGGAAGGAACUCAGUUGAAUUACUCUGCCUCUCAUAGAUCAGUUGAUUUACGUGAAAAUGAAGCAAGACAGAUACGACAAGAAUCUUUGGGGAUUGUAGGAGAGACCUACUCUUUUAUGUCUGCAUAGUAUAUUCCCUUUUACUGGGUUAUGUAAAUUUUGAGUUCUCGAUAUGUAGUAUAAGUCCUUUUACCCAUUGCAGAAUGCAGAAGCUUAAAUUAAAGCAGCUAUUGAUUUUUUGAUGUAUACAACAUUAAUUAUUGAUUGGAAAUGUAAUUUAAUGGUAACAACAUCUCCUCCGUGAGAAAUGAGUUAGA